CGUUCAGGACGCAUCACAUGGAAGUGGUCACCACCUCCUAGCGGCGAACCUGAUGUCAGUCCCUGCUGGGCUCGGAAUGGCCAAACUGUUGCUGCCCGAAACACAGAAGGCUCCGCUUGCAAGCGCGAACGCCAAGCCGCUCGUCAGCUCUGAGAACACGGUAUUCGAGGCUGGCUCCAAUGGCGUGAUUGGGGCGCUACCCAAAGUGGCGCACAUCGUGGUCGCCUUGAUCGUGUACACCGCUGUACUGCACAUGGCCGACGCCGUCUUCGGGAGCAUGCUCCUGGCUUUGGGAUUUGCUGUGCGUCUAAAGGAGCUGCUGGGGAUCCUCUUCUCGCCGGUAUCGUUCGCCUUCGGUUUGACAGGCCGCGACGCUGUGCAAGUGGGCUACCUGCUGGCGGUGCACACGAUAGGCAGCGAAGUCCUCGCCUUCAUCGAGCUCAACAAGAUGAACGCGGCUGGCGCCAUAUCGAAGCGUGCAGGCGUGCUGUCCACGUAUGCGCUCUGCAGCUCCUCAUGCCUGGGCCAAGUGCCAGCCGUGACCAGCGUGCUCAACGACAUGGCGCCACAGAACCGCAUCGCCGACAUCCAGAGCGUCUGCUGGAGGGCGCUCUUCACCGGAUGUCUGAGCACCUGGCUGAACACUUGCAUAGCAGGCUGCUUGGUCACAGACUGAGUGAGAGGUCGAAGAAGAAACCGCGUGUGGCGAGCAGACCCCAC